AUGGCUGAUCGCCAAUCUCUUUUGGCGAAAUUCGCCAGCAGCGCCGUCGCCGUGCUUCUUGCUUUCGCCGUGCUGAGUUCGCGAAGAGCAGAGGCGCAGGGCGAGCCAGACUGGCGAGCGAAAACGGCGUCUGUUCUUCAGCAGGUGUCGCAGCAAGAGUUUCUAUCCUCGUUCGCCGCCAUUUUCAGCGAGUUCUUGCAAGGCGGGCAGCAGCCCAUCACAGCCCCCGCCACGCUGCUCGUCCCCACCAACGUGGGUCACUGGCGCUACCUCUCCCACUGGACCGCCCUCUCCCCCACGCACCAGCGCCGGUUACUGCAUUACCACAUCCUCCCCGGCCGUUACACCGCCCAGCAGCUCCUGGACGCCCCGCCGCUCACCCUCUUCCCCACCUUCAACCACCACCUGCCGCUAAACAAAACGCUUAAGCCAGAAGAAGUGUUCUUCCAGUCGGUUCCGCUGAUGAAAUCUGCAUCACCGCUAAAUAUGCCGGAUGCAGGGCUGACGGAGCACCUGGCUGCGCACGGUGUGACAAGCAAUAGCGACGACGACGAUGAGGGGGAGAAGGAGCAGCCGAUGAUGCCAGAGGCGAAGGAGCGCGCGGGGCAUAGUAAGCCCGCAGCAGCCGAUGAUGGCAGAGGGAAGGGCGCUCGUCGUCCUGCUCCUCCGUCGUCGCCCCGUGCGGCGGUGCGCUACACCAAGUCGGUGCUGUCCAGCACGCUGCAGCUCAUGGGGUGCAAGUCAAGGCACGCCGUCAAGAUCAGCGAGCGGGUCUUCCAGAUUCUGCUGCAGCAACUCACCAGCCGGCGAGUUUCUGGCCAUCGGACGGACGUGGCGCACCGAUCACGCAUGGCAAACGGAUCCGACGGCAUCCAGCGAUUUGCCAGGCCAAACCAAGAAGACCGCGGCGCCGUUCUGGCCACCGGCGCCAGCCAUGAUAAUCACAGCUGCUGUGACAGUAAUGGCCGUGACAAUAACGAGCAGGACGAAAGCAGGGCGGCAGCAGGGGCCGGGUCGAGUGCGGGCGGCGACACAGUGAGGGGCAUGAGCGUGUCUUUGAAGCGCAGCACGUUUCUGGACGUGGUGUGCCGGGCGCUGGCGGAGUAUCGCUACCUCAGCGCCGACCAGCGCAGCGACCUCGCCCUCGCCUGCAACUGCUGUGGCAAGUCCACUCUCGCCUCCAUCCUGGUACGCUAUGCUGCACACCCGCCUUCCCUGCCCUGCCUUCUCCCGUCCUUCCUCUUCCAUCUUUCCCUCCUCUUUCCCUCCGUCUAUGCCUCCUUUGUUACCCUUUUCUCCUCCCUCCUGCGUGCCGCCAUCCAUCCCUCUUCGCCAAUGCCUCUCGGGUCCACCAGCGUCACGGCUGGGCAUCACUCCACGGACUCGCAGCGCCACAGGAUGAGCAGCUUCAGCAGCAGGGAGCAGGCCACUCUCUGCCACAUCUCCUCCUUGCAAACCGUCUUCCUCUCUUGCGUCCUCUCCCUCCCCCCACUGCCCCCCUCCCGCUUUCCUCCCCUCUCCCCUGCAGGCGCGUCUCGGCUGGGCAUCACAACAGUGGUCUCCACGGACUCGCUGCGCCACAUGAUGCGCGGCUUCAGCAGCAGAGAGGAGACCAAGAAACGCUCUGCCAUUCUACCUCCUUGCAUACCAUCUUGCUUUCGCCCCCUCCCCUCACUGCUGUACGCGUCCACGUACCCGCUGCUGUAUGCCUCCACGUACCAGGCAGGCGAACACCUCGACCCCGCCGCUGUUGCCGACACCAAGGCCAGGAAGAAGGCGGGCAAGCUGGCAGGGAAGCACGGCGGCGCACAGGCCGGUGGACAGGGGGACGCGGGCGCACAAGGUGCAGCAGCUCAGAGAGAUUGGCACGGAGGCCGGCAGAUGGGGCAGCUGGCAGGGGAGGUUGUGGGGCAGGUGGGGCGGAGAGAGAUGCAGGGCGGUGUGUGUGUGGGCUCUGGUGAGCGGGGAGGAGAGGAAGGAUUGGGUUCACACGAGGGUGUUUGGCUGGGGGAAGGGCGGGUAGGCGGGGAAGGGAACUGUGGGGGAGGAGCUGUGAUGACAGGGGGAGGUGGGGGUGGGAGGGAGGAGAGGGAGAUGAGAGAGGCGGUUUGGGAUGGUCGGACGAGCGUGACAGGUUUGGACAGGGAGAGGAGUGGGGAAGGAGGUGACGAGGGUAGAAGGAGAGAUGUGGGGAGUGGGAGGGAUGCUGUGAAUGGGAAGGAGCCAAUGAGUGUCGCAUUCGGCAUUUGUGUUCUGUGUUGCACCUGCAUCCCACGUGGUGCGUGUUCCGCACGUGCAUUUACAUCCCACAUGCCGCCCGUGUCCCUCACGUCAUGGCAGAUGGAGCUGCUGAAGCGGCAUCCCACGAUCAUCCCCUUCGUGAUCUACAUCGGCAACGAGGCGAAGCACAUGGAGCGGUUUGCGGUGCGCGCCAAGUACAUGACGCUGGACCCGUGGCGCAACAAUACGGUGGACCCUUUUCUGCAACAAGCACGUGCGCAACAUGCGCCCUCUGUGCCGGCUGCGUCUCUCGCCUCCUCUCACCUGCCUCUACUUCCUUGCACCUCCCCCGCUUCACUUGGCCCGCACGCCACCUGCGCUUCCACCUCGCCCUGCCCGCCUAUGUGCUACCAGCUGCCGCUGCCAGGCCGCUACGUCCUCUCGCUGCACCUCCUCUUCUCCGCCACCUUCCCCCUCCUGCGCUCCAAUGCGCGCACCUCCUUCCUUGGGGGGUUCUCCAACUACACGGUGGUGCAGUCGCAGGCCAUUCAAGCAUCAGCACCGCCCACCUUCUCCCUUUACGCACACAGCGUGCCACGUGGCAACGGGUCCAUCUACCCACCAAUCAACAGCAGCACGGGCGAGCUCAUCUCAACAGGCGUGUGCCAGCAGCCCGACUCCGCCUUCUUCUUCCACGGGGAGAACUUCAACGGCUAUCGCCGUGCUGUGUACAAGGUGAGGGCAGCGGAGGGCAGGCCAGCAGCGGCCUUCAACCUCACGUACGUGUGGCAGUGCGGCGCCAUGAAGCCCGUGUUGCCCGCGUGGAUGAGCGACCCCGCCCUCGUGGGGCCCGCGCUCACCCUCUUUGACUCGCGCCAUGAUGCACGGGGCGCUGCUGGGAGCAGCGAUGCUCGCAGUAACAGCAGUGAUGACAGCAGCAGCACCAGCAGUGGGGAGAGCAAUGAGAGCAGCAGCGGCAGGGAGGGGCCUGGGGGGGAGUAUGACAUGGCGCUGGUGGGCACCACUCUGCACGACCUCAUUCAGCACCCCACCGCCCGCGCCUUUGGUGCUCUGCUGGAAUCCAAUCUGCUGCCACCACUGCGAGCAGCCAUGAGGGAUCCCUCAGCCGUGGCGGUGCUGGGCCCGUGGGCGGCGAGGGAGGACAGCAAGCCGCCCGAGUUCAUCCCUGUCAGCAACAACGCGCGUUCCAUGGCGUUUGAAAACGAGCUAAUCAGGCGGGUGCCCUCCACACAACCCGGUGCGCUCAGUGCACUGGGCAUGAUGGGGCUGACUCUCCCGCGCCCAGACCUGUGUCCCGACAGCACACACUACGCCUGGCCCGUCACCCUCGCCAUCCUUGACCUCUGGCUCACACCGCUCUGCACCGCACACGCCUCACACGGUCCUCAACACUAG